AUCCAUAAGAUCCGAUCUCUCUCACGGCAUGGGGAUAACGUCAUCCACAGAUCUGAAACCGGAGAAUUCCGAUCCCAAAUCUCAAAAAAACCAAGUCCAGCCAGAGAAAGUAGGAGAUUCGUCAAGUCUUUGGCAAGAUCGAUUACAAGUUUUUGUGAAAGAAGGUGCAUGCAAGGAAACAUAUACGGCUUUUAAAGAUUGCGUGGAAGAAGCUGAGAAGAAGAAUAAGGAACCUAUCUUGUGUUAUCCGAUGUUGGAGAAGUGUAUGGAGAGACAUUCUGAUUACUAUCAUCCCUUUCUCGAUGCGAAGAAAACUGCUGUAAAACUGAUGAUGAAGGAUUUCAUGCCGUCAACUGUUUGGCGAGAUCCAGGGGAAUCCGUAUCCCCAAAUGAAUUAAAGGAAGAAGAAGAGAGAGAAGAGGUGUUUUUAGCGUUCAUGAGAGGAGGUGGUUGCAAGGUACCAUUUAGUGCUUGGGAAGAUUGCUAUGAUGAAGCUAACAAGAACAAGGAAGAUAUGGUCCUUAAGUGUGUGGGAGUUUUUUCGAUGAUGACCAAAUGUAUGGAUGCUCAUCCUGAUUACUAUCGUCCCUUUCUUGCGGCCAAGAAAACUGCUGAAGAACACAUGGAGAAGGAGCUUCAAGCCUUUCUCUCAGAAGCAAAAUGAGCGGUGUUUGAGUGGAUGUAGGUGUCUUUUAUGGUUUUUUUUUUCUUGGGAGCAAAAAUUGGAUUAGGUUUCCAUAUGAAUGAAUACUUUUCUUUUUU